GGGAGGAUGGAGCGGGAGGUGCUGCAGCGCUGGGCGGCCCAGUUGGGGGUCUCCACGCCCGGAGUUAUCAGAAAAGCCGAGGAAUACCUCCGACUUUCUCACGUUAAGUGUGCCCCCCUGCUAGCCCAGAUGAGCCCCACAAGCAGUGCGGUGAUCUGCCUGGACUUGGCUGCUACCUUCACAAGGAAUCCAGUGGACAAAAGUUAUUUUGUGAAGCUCUCUGGCUUGAACAGAGCCACUUACCAGCGCUACCUGAGAUCCUUUGAAAGCCUGCUUGCUCUGCAAUCCAACUUGGGCAUCAGAGAGGUGGCCAUUCAGUUCUCCUGUUUGGAUGCUGCAAACCUGGCCUCCAAAAUCCUGCAGAGGUACGAAUCCAGCCUGCCAGAAGUUCAAAAAGUGGCUCUCGAUUUGUCGAAACCCUUGUUCACCACCGUGGCCUUGUUUACUGCUUGCAAAUCCUUGAAACUUAAAGUGGAUAAAACCAAAAUGGUGACCGUAUCAGGGGUGAAGAAAACCAUAUUUGACCGGCUCCACACCCAGUUAGAGAAGAUUAGCCAACAAAUCAACCGAGAAGGUGAUUCAUUGAAGUUUGAAGAACCUCAAAAAUCCUUCCUUGAAGAUCUUGCAAAGGAAGAAGUUCUGGAAGCAAAAGUCUCUCGCAAGCAUCCAAGAAGUGAAAUUGAGCCUAAAGAAGAUUAUGAAGAAUGGAAACGAAGAAUCUUAGAAAAUGCUGCAAAAUCACAAAGAAACAGUGUGUGAGUGGAGUUGUUUCUCCAGUGAAUGCAGAUGUCAGUCUAGUUGGUUCGCCAUUGUCAGGCUGGAGAACUAGUCUGUUGGGAGAAAAAUAAACCUGAAUAAAACUUGAAUUCCUUGAACAGGCCGCCAUGAAGCCUAGAUAGACCUGCUUUUAAAUGAGUUUAGCUCAUUGAUACUUCAGCAAAAUGUGAGUUUUGUUUUUUGCAUUGAUACAACUGUAGUUCAGAUAAUUUCAUGAUUUGGCUCUGGUUUUGGGCAGCAAGAUAGUUCCAUGUCAGUUAUAGCACACACUUAAUGCAGCAGUAAAAUAACUCUUCUAUAAGAGGCAUGGAUUAAGAAUAUAUGUUAAUGCAAGAUGCCUGGCUUUUAUCUUCCCUUGUGUAACUAGUGGGAAUCACAAAAUCAUACAGAAUAAUUAAUGUCCCAUUAACUCUUUUUAAGAUUGGUCCUCUCAGCUUUGAUUAUUUAAUUUUUUUUAACGAUGACUUGUGUUAAUUCCUCU